GAGUAGCGGCCGUCGAGCGAGCGCGCGGUUUCUCUCAGGCUCUGACGAGAAAAGUUAGCUUUUGGGAGCGAAGAGGGUACGCGGUCACCCCGCAAUGUCUGGUCAGUUAGGUGAGCCGCAGGAAGGCCCGUCACAUGCUGGGCUCGAUCUGCCGAACCCUGAGAGAAAUGAGGCUGGGGUCCAGAGAGGUGUGAUCCGAAGGCGCGGGUCCUGGAUCCAAAAGGUCCUUGAGCAAGCAACGGACUCACCUCUCCAGUGGAUCACCCCGUCGGAGGUUGUGCCUGUCGCUGUUUUGGCCGUCCAGAGGUACCUGUUAGAGGGUGAGGCACGCGACAUGGAAUCUAAACCUCCGCUUUAUUGCUAUGAUGUGACGAUCUCGGACGGGGUGUUCCGUGAGAAGUGUUACCUGGACCCCAGCCUGAAUUUUCUCGUGUAUAAAAAUAUUCUCAAAGUUGGCAUAGAAGUGGAAAUUUCCAGAGUCUCGUGUGUUUACAACGAGAAAAGAUUAGGCCAGGGGAUCCUGUGCAUAGAUAACGUCCACUGUGGGGAGUCCCUGGACUCCAUUUCUUUAGAAAUUCCCUUCAGAAAUAGAGCGCACCGGGAAAUCCCGGAGAGGCCGUUAAGAGGCGGAAAGAGCCAUUACCUGGCCCUGUGGAAUAACGAAGAUCCAUAUGGAGAUAUCUGGUUAAGCAACAAGGAACCUGAGGAGUACAAUUUUAACAAUACCAGAAUAAUUUCCCUUUCUCACCUUGAAACGACCUGGUCUAGCAGAAGGAAUUUUCCUGCAUUGCUUGUGAGAAUCUUGCAUAAAUCAAAACUGCGAUACUAUGGAAAACCCAAUAAAAAGAUGACUGAGCCAUACAAGACCUUUUUGGAAGUUGCUGACAGUUCAGGCACAGUGUCAGCGAUUAUGUGGAAUGCCCUGUGUCCUGAGUGGUAUAAAAGUUUGCACAUUGGUUUAGUUCUUCUGCUUCAAGAUUAUUCUAUUAAAAAGAGUUACCCCUUCAGGAUGAAGCCUCUCCCUGUGAAUCCACGGGUCAAACUAAUUUCUACAAUGGAAAUCUGCCUGAACCUUCGAGAUCCUCCAACUAAUAUAAUUAUCAUUCCAGAAGAGCAGGUGAAAUCAGAAUGGAGAUUGCCAAAAUUAAACUACCGUUUUAUCACAAGAUCAGAACUGGAUGAUAUGCCACAAAAUAGUAUCUGUGAUGUUAUUGGCGUUUUAGUUUAUGUAGGAAGAGUCCAGCGGUCAAAAAAGAAGGAAAGCCGUGAAGAGUUUUGGUCAUAUCGCUGGAUUCACAUUGCUGAUGGGACUUCCGAACAACCAUUUAUAGUGGAACUGUUUUCUACAUCUCAGCCAGAAGUCUUUGAAAAUAUUUACCCAAUGGCACAUUUCAUGUGUACACAGUUGAAAGUUGUCAGAAAUGACACUCAAGUACCUAAACUGCUUUACCUCACUACUACAAAUGAGAGUUGCAUGUUUAUUACUGGUCAUAGAGGCCAGCCGUAUACCAACUAUACCAAGGUAAAAAACUUUUUUCAGUGGAUUAAAACAAAGACCGAUUCUGGGGAAUUGAAGAACACUGUUAUUGGUGGAUAUUACCCCUAUCCACCAGUGCCAGAAACAUUUUCGAAGUAUAAUAUUUCUGUUAAAGUUGAGUCGUUCUUCACAGCUAUAAGUGAAGUGAGGAAGGAGAUUGAAGUCUUGCAGUAUAGGGAAAAAAAGCGCAUUGCAAUUCAGGGGAUAAUUACUGUUAUAAAGUAUGUCCCCUAUAGCGGUGCAACUGAAAGUGCCUCAGCAUCUGAAACACUACGGAAUGCUGACCGACCCUCAACAUCCCAAGCAGCUAGAAGAGAAAGUCAAAGUCAAGAAAGAGAUGGAAAACCUCAAGAUGAUGGUCCUGUGAGUUCUCAGUGUUGUCAUACUACAUCUGCAAGUUUGAGCCCUCCCAAGAAAAAAAGAACUCUACAAGGACUAAUUCCUGUACCUCAGCCAGAAACUGCUGCACAAACAAAAGGAAAUAAACCAGGCAUGCCAAGCAUCUUCCAACGUCGAGAAAGCACAAGCACUGGUAGCAAAGGGAAAGCCAGAAAAACUAUAAGUGAUAAAUGGGAAAGUCAGACGUGGAGAGAGAAAAAGUUCGGCUUAAUAGAUCACCUAGAGUACGGCUGUAUUUAUCCUGAAAGUAUUCCACGGAGAUUUGUUUUAGAACACAGAAAUUUUCUUACUGAGCAGUAUAAUUCUCAGCCUGCAAAAUACAUACCACAAGAAGGAAGGCCCCCAAAACUUUAUGAGUUUAAGAGUGCCCUAGUCCUUGGACAUUAUGAAGUAACCAUCUUAGGUCUGAAUCAUGAGAUAGCAAUCAGUGUUGCAUUCCUCCCCGAGUAUUCUCCGGAAGAUGUCCGAACAUCUCAAAUAGGCACAUUAUUAACCUGCAUGAAUUACAGCUGUGUGCUUCCAAAGGAAUUAACUGGCAAUGACAAAUUGCAAGGUCCAAGAGCACUUACAGGUGAUAUUAUAAAAGCAGCAGCUGAACUGGAUAAAGUGCAUAUCGUCGGUAUCUUGGAUAUCUGUAAUUUAGGUAAAAAUAAAACAGAAGUCUAUUUACACAAAAUUUAUAGACCAGAUAAAACUUCUUAAAAAUUGGCAAAUGAAAUUAUUAAAGGUUAUAAAGAGGGCAUUGUUUUAAAGAUAUUCUGUCAUUUUGUUGGUAAUUUCAGUAACUGUUUCUCAGAAAGAAUAUUACAAGUUAAGUGGUUUUAUGUUCAUCUUGUAUUUGGAGCUAACACACUUCAUUUUAAAUUCAUUCUUUGGAAAGGUCAUUGAAACAAUUUGUGUGUAUCAGGAAAAUUCAUCUUACUUCUUUCUAUAUGACUGUUAUCUUGACUUGUGAUAAUUUGUGUUCACUGUUCUAUUUGUGAAGUAUACUUUUAUCCUAAAGCCUCAGCAUAAGGCAUCCCAACUUAAGAUUAACUUUUCAUGGACAUUUAACAUCCUUCCAUUUUUAUUCGGCUAUAAUGGGAAAUUUUGAAUUGCUGAUUUGAGGAUUAAAUUCUCCUAAAGUGGUCAACCUGAAUUUCUCAAAACCAAGGUAGUUUCUAUCAUUUUCAAAAGCACACAUGGAUUGUUAUGUUCCAUUUGCCUUGGUCUUUAGUUUGGUCAGCUGUACAAAGAGCAUGCUAAAUUAAAUUGUUUUAAGGUUUUCUACUCCCUAAUGUGACUUCAUAUCCUUUGAAUUUCUAAAUGUUUUGACCAGUGUGUGGUCUUAAAGCCAGAGGCUACAGUAUGUCUGUAUUCUUGCUAUGUUCAUUUGUAAUUUUGGUACAUGUAAUGUGAGUUUAAAUAGUGAAAAUUUAUCUCAAAUUAACAUUUUAAGUGCUCAUAUUGAAAGUAUAAAAGAGUAGCUAAGGGAAUUGAUUUUAUCCUGGUUGUCUAUCUUACUUCAUUUUAACUGUAAAUGGCCAUUCCACAUGUGCAAGAUUCUGUGAUUGACAUCUACGUGGUUAGUUAGAUGAGCCAAAAUGACCAUCACUUGAGUUAAAAAGUACUGUUUCAAGAUGAAUUCGAUUGUGGUUAAGCUAUUAACUUGUAGGCUUCCUUCUAGCCCUGUGGUUCUGUAAUUUCAUAUGCUAUACAUUUUAAAUAUGUUGGGCAUCAUGAACCUAAAGACAGAUGCUACAGUUUUUUCAUAAAUGUGUUCAAUCUUUUGUUCUUUAAAAUUGUGUUUAAACAUUAAUCAAAAUAGGGAAUCCUUCUCAUGUUAAAAUUUUGAGUGGGGGCUUCCCUGGUGGCGCAGUGGUUGAGAAUCUGCCUGCCAAUGCAGGGGACACGGGUUCGAGCCCUGGUCUGGGAAGAUCCCACAUGCCACGGAGCGGCUAGGCCCGUGAGCCACAACUACUGAGCCUGCGCGUCUGGAGCCUGUGCUCCGCAACAAGAGAGGCCGCGACAGUGAGAGGCCCGCACACCGCGAUGAAGAGGGGUCCCCGCUCGCCACGGCUAGAGAGGGCUCUCGCACGGAAGUGAAGGCCCAACACAGCCAAAGAUAAACAAGUAAAUUAAAAAAAAAAAAAAAAAAAAAGACAAAAAAAAUUUUUGAGUGUAUUAUUAAAGAAGUUAAAACCUAUCUCACUUUGAAUGUAUUUGAUGUUUUUCCUUCAUAUUUUUGGCCUAUGUUAGACCUACACGUGCUUGCUAAAUGAGCCAAUAUGAUUCUUCCAUAUGGGUUGAAAACUGUUGUUUAUCAAACAGAAUCUGGGCUUUCGUAUUAAGCUAUUAUAAACUUUAACAGGCAAUUCAGUUUUAGUGCCUCAUAAAAGUUGGAGAAGGGAAAAAGUUAAUACUUAAAUGGCUAUUGACUAAAAAACCUCAGGCCGAGACUGCAAAACUACACACUUUAACAGGUGUAAUUUUUGUCCUUAUAUUGAAUGAGAAAUAUGAACUCAUUAUUAAGAUUUAGGAUCUUUAAAAACAACUUCCAUGGCAAUUUGUUUUAUAUUAUAGUAAUGUUUCUAUCCAAAUUUGGAGUUAAACAUCUGUGUCCACAUUUCCAGUUUAUGGCAAAAUUGGAUAGCUACUGUGGCAGUUUCCUAAGAAAAAUAGCAAACUACAUCAGAAGACCUUAUCUUCAAGUGACAGUAUGUGUUGAUUCUUUCCAAAGCAACACAAAUAUACUACUGUGGUGUCACUUUUAUAUUAACAAAUCAGUCAGUAAAUUAUGAAAUAUUACAUAGUCUACCACAAGACCACAAUCUUUCACUGAAGUUUCUAAUUUUAGAUGGUACAUGAGAUCUACACAUUGAAAUCCUUUGAUAAACUAUUAAAAGAAGAAUCUGAGUACAUGUUUAUCCUACCACUUUUAUUUCUUUGUUGGAAUUAUCCUGCAUUAAUUUUAUUCAUAUUAAGACAAGGACUUUUAAAAAAUUUGAAACCCUUAUUUGGUGACACUAAUAAUAUUUGAUGUUUUUAGCUAGAUACCUUCUGCCAACAUGGACUAUAGAUUAUAACCAAUUCUAUUAUUCUGAAGUCAUUUAUAUGGUUUAUAAUUGAGCUGGUUGCUAUUUUACUAGUUACCUUUUCAGGUACAGUUCCU